GUGUAGUUUGUGUAGUGUAAAAAAUACCAAAAAACGAUCUGGGUGGUUACUCCAAUUGCGCCGUAGUGCAGGUUUCCUGCGGGGCAGCUCGGAAUUUGCUUAUUUUCGAGUUUUUCCCCUUGGCUGCAAAGAAGAAGGCUACGCUCCUUCUGUUUUCGUUUUAUGGGCAACGCCAACAGCAGUGCAAUCUUUCUGCAGUCCGAGGCCAAACCAGCGUGUGCAAUUCCGGAACAGUCGUUGUCUCCGGUGCAGCAAUUUCCGGAGUUUGCCGCUAGCAGCAAAAAGGAAUCGUCGGGAUCACGAGCUUCUUCUAGGCAGAUAAGACGUUCGGCCAGCAUCGACGAAGACGGUGGUGUUUUCAACCGUCUUAGCGAGAGCUUCCAGCGGAUUUCCCGUUCGCUGUCCUGCACGGCACUCGACACAACUGGCCACAGCCAGCGCCAACGCCAUCGGAACCUUCGUCCGUGGUCGCGUGUGUCGCGCCGAAGGUGGCAUGAAUCAACCCUAGCGAACGAGCAUCUGCUGUCGAAGACCUGUUGGCCCGUUACGAAAGCUGAGUCUCUCUUUCUGCCCCAUUUCCCGGUGGACAGUAUUGCCGAAUCACAGUACGCUGUAGUGGAGCACAUUGCAAACGGUGCGUUCGGGAAGGUCUACAAAGUGCGUGCCGGCGAACGCACGACAGCAGCAGACUAUGCACUGAAAGUACUUAGCAAGUCUGAGAUUAUCAACAGCGGUGCGAUCGGUCAGCUGCGGGACGAGGUCGACAUCCAAACCAUCUGUGGCCACCAUCCGUUCCUGGCGCGAUGCGUUCGCUUCUGGCAGAAUAAGAAGAAGGUGUUUUUGCUUUCCGACUACCUUUCAAACGGGGAGCUGUUCCAAAAGUUUACCAAAUUUCCACAUGAACUUGUUCGUCUGUACGUCGCAGAAAUUGCGCUUGCUUUAGAUUUCCUCCACCAGGCCGGCAUAAUUCAUCGCGAUCUAAAGCCGGAAAACGUUCUGCUAGACGAGGACUUCCACGUUCGGUUGAUCGACUUUGGCUUUGCCCGGUGGCUCAGCAUCGGCACGCGGACGCGCACUAUCUGCGGUACGCUGCAGUACAUGGCUCCCGAAAUACUGGCUGGCGAACCGUACGGCCAUGCGAUCGACUGGUGGGCGCUGGGUGUUUUGGCAUGCCGGAUGUACACCGGAGAGUAUCCAUCCUUGGACUACUCAGCCUAUCUCAACAAAUCAGACCAGAUAGACAAACUGAUUGAGCAUGGCCGGCCCAGGAAGCUCUCAACAUCGAAGAAACUGCUUCCCAGUUCUGUGGAUGGACUCCCACCAGAAGGUCAAGACUUGCUGAAGCGUCUGCUAGAGAUUAAACCCCAAUAUCGCAUUCGUUCGCUUCUUCAGCUUCAGCGAAUUGGCCUGUACAAGAACUAUGACUGGGACCUCGUCCGGAAGAAGCAGAUUCUCCCGCGGAACAUGAUCAAUGUGGAAUCCGCCAGCGGCACGAUCGAGCAGGGAUCAUUGGCUGAUAAAUCGUUCGCUGAGUUCGAUUGGUAAUUACUCGCGUGGAGUAAUCAAUCCUAUAUGACGAUGCUGAAAUAGUUAUUUUAUAUUUUUGGAAACGUGAUUCAGCAUCAAGCAUUCAAUGAGUGCUUUGAUGAAUGAAUGAUGCAGUAACAGUUAUACGUGUUGAAUAAUAAAGCAGAAAACACCCAAUAACUUGUUCAUCCAGAUCAUGGUUGAAAAGUGCCAUUGUCAAGGGUUUUUUUUCAAGGGAUAAUUGAUAUAAAAUUGAUUUAAUACAACUUUUAUUAAAACUAUUUUAACACAUUUUGUUGACAUCGGUAUUGUCUAUACUAUCAUAUAAUUUCUGCUAUUGCAAGUAUUCCGUCCAUAGAUGAAAACAUUAUCGCAUAAAGUUAAUAUCAUUAAGAAAUCACAACUCUUAUUAUUGCUGAGAGCUAUCAAUCAAACAUAAAUAAUUAUUUUAUCAAUUUAUUUUAGAACAAUUUAGAUACAACUUGGAAUAAAACAUUUCAACUCAAAAUGGA